AUGCAGAACAGACGUAAUCCACUACCCAUAAGGUUGCUGAAAGUUCUUCGACAGCCCACGAUCGAUUUCUCCCAGUUUGGGGCUCAUCAGAUCAUCAAGAUGGAUCGGUCAAAAAACCGCCAUUUCAUUGAAGCAACAGCCGAUCCGCAGGCAGAAAAUAAUUAUUCCCGGGAGAAAUUUCACCCGAUUUCAUGCAGGCUAAUCAGAAACAAAGAUAAAUAG